AUGCGUAACUACAUUCCUCCAGAGUGUCUUCAACUUAUAUUCUAUAAUAUACAAGAUGAUCGUAUAUCAUUACAUUCUUGUCUUUUAGUAAACAGAACUUGGUGUAAUAAUAUAAUCGGUAUCUUAUGGAAACAACCUUUCCAUCUAUUAUAUUUUUGUAAAGAAAAUUCUUCAGUAAAACGACAUUUACAAGCAACUAAUUUACUUGAAACUUAUGUUUCUUGUCUCAUUCAACAAAACAAGUCCAUUUUAGUGGAAAAAUCUAUCAUAUCACAAUAUAUUAAACCACCAAUGUUUAACUAUGUACAAUAUUUAAAAUUUCUUGAUCUUUAUGAAUUAUACAUGGCUAUUUACGAUUAUAAAGAUUCUAAAGUAAAUGGAAGAGUAUCAUGUCGUUUCCCACUGACUCCGAAGUUUAAUAGCGUUUCUAGAAGACGACUUCCUAUUAACCAACAACUGAAUAAUAAGGUGUCUUCUGAAGAUUGUACGUUAGUUUUAAACUUUUUUUUUCGUGAAAAUUUACAUGACUUAAAUUCAUCAAGUAAUAAUGAUGAAUAUCGUUGGCUUGGUACGUUUAUGUGUAAAUUUUUCUUGGAACAUUCUCGAUCAAUUGACAAUCUUUCAAUCAGUGCUAGAUCUGGACUUAAUAUUUUAACUUUAGCAAAUCAAAAUUUUAUUUCAAAUAGAAAAUAUUUAAAUGUGGAUGAUUGUUUAAUGAUUCCAACUUGUCUGGAUUCACAUAAUUGUUUAUCAAAACUUACUAAAUUAGUUUGCACUACAAGAUAUCGAAAGGCCAAUUUUUUAUUAAAUCUAGCGAGCAUUUGUCAUUGUAUAAAGACUUUAAUCAUAAGAGUUGAUUGUGAUAUAGCUUAUUCUUGGCCACUUCCUUUACCUCCAACUUCUCGAAAUUUUGAACAUGAAUCAGUAGCUAAAUUAAUUAAAUCACAAAGAGGAUUGGUUCAUUUUGAAUUACAAUAUUGUUCGAAUGGAUUAGGAAAUAUAAUGACAACUUUAAAAUCUCAAGUGGAUACUUUACGUAUAUUACAUUUUACUGGUAUUGAUUUAAGUUAUAUAUUAAAUUAUUUAACUCCAUUAACAAAUUUGGACACUUUACAAUUUCAAAAUUGUUAUUCUACUCGAACAGAUUUCUCUUUGGAUUUAAUGAUUAAUCUAUCAAAACUUUCAAAUUUACAUUUUAACGAAGUACCUAUUCCUGUAAAAAUUGCUGAAAUUAUUAUUGAUGCAUGUAGUUUUAAUUUAACUUCGAUAAAUUUAGGAAGAUUAUCUUAUACACCGAAUUUGGAUGGUGUUGUUAAUAUGAACACUAUUGGAUUUAUAGCUUCGAGAUUUCAUAAUUUGACAUUUUUCAAAACUAAUAUAGAUAGUAAGGAGCAAAUACCUCAAGUGAUUGAACUAUUUAAAAAUUGUUCAUAUCUAGAAACUGUUAUAUUGUGUCAAGUAGAGAGUUCUGAGAAAUCAUUAAGCGUGUUUGAAACAAAUAAUAUGCUGGAGACGUUAGGAAAGAAUGGGUUACCUGCUACUUUAAGAUGCUUUGCUCUGCAAGGGAAACUAUGGAACUUUACUUGUGUCUCAUUGGAGAUAUUUCUAGGUAAUCAUGAUGUUUCAAGGGGUAAAAGUCCCGUGUUUAAACUCGACCUUACAGGAGGAUCUCAUUGUUUCACAGAUCAUCAUCUAAAUACUAUUUUAAAUGCAAAUCGUCAUAGAAAAGUUGUUAAAAAAGUUUUGCUAUCUUCGAAUAUGUUUCUGAGUUCAGAGAUGAUAUCUAAAGCAGGAGAAUUUAUUAAAUUGGUAAAAACUGAAUCAGAUAAAAUUGU